UUUAAUUCACAGGAUGUUGAACAUUUUCCCUUCAUAGAGAAAUUAAGGACAAAAUAAUCCCUCAAGAUUUCAGAGGAACUGAAAUCAGCUUUUAUAACAAACUUCAUUUUAACUUAAUUUAUCUCCUUGUUAAAUUCAUUUUAUCUAAUUUUUGCAUAAAUAAACCGUUUUAACGUUACUUUAAUUAUUACUUUAAUUAUUCUGGAAUAAAUAAAUCCCAUAUUUGUUUUCGGGAUUAAAAUCUAAACAUUUUCAGCUGCAGGAUUUGGACAUUUUCCCGGUCAGCCGGUUCUGUUGAUUCCGACCUGCAGACGGAACCGGGCAGCGGGCAGAAAGGGGGCGUGGCUUCCGGAGUCCCGCCCACUUCCGGAAUGGGAAUCACCUGGAGAGCAGAAAGCAGGGAUGAGGUUUGGAUCAGGUUCUGCUCAGAUGUUCCUGAGUGAAGCUGAGAAAACCUGGAGCUCAGAUUUAUUCCUGGAUUUAUUGAUUUUCUGAUUUUUAUUUUUCUGGGAACUUCGAGAAUAUUUUCAGAUAAAUUUCACUGAUUUUUUUCUUAUCUUUCCUGUUUUUUUAUAUAAAUAUAUGUUUUUUUUUUAUUUACUUAUUACUCAGUUGGAACUUGGAUAUUUUAAAAAAAAUGAGGCGACUGCAGAAGUUCAGAUCGCUGCUCGGGGUUUUCUGGUUUCUCCGGCUCGUUUCUCCCUCAGGCUCUGAGGGAAUCCUCCACUCCUCCUCCUCUUCUUCUACUACUGCCCCAUCUUCCUCAUCUCCUCCUCCUCCGGCGGCCCAGUCCUCCCAGUCCUCCCAGGAGUUUCUAUCCCAGUUUACCCAGGUGAAUUCUCCAAACAGCGGAGACCGUAAACACCGAGACGCCAGCGCCGUGCUGCCCUUCAUCGGCCUCACCAGCAGUGCUGAUCAGAGCCGCAGCUGCUGUAAAAACGGAGGAACGUGCAUCCUGGGCAGCUUCUGCGCCUGCCCUCCUUUCUUCACCGGGAGGAGUUGCGAGUACGACACCCGCCUCAGACGAUGUGACGUUGUUCCUCACGGUGAGUGGGUCCAGAAAGGCUGCUCCUACUGCCGCUGUUUCUACGGCGUCUUGCAUUGCUUCCCUCACGUUUUCCAUGAAGACUGUGAUGACUCGGAUGAGGCGGUUCGUUGGUAUCAUUCGUCGGCGCUCAGGUUGACGCCUCUCAGCCGUUUCCUGUCUCUGCUGCUGCUACUUCCUGCGCUCCUCGUCUUCUGAUGCCACCGGAUUUUAUUCUCUAAUCGGCUCCAAACCGACAUGUGAAUAAUAAGAUUGAUGAUUCUGCAGUAUUUAUUUUAAUGAGAAAAAACCUGAUGUGCUUUUAUGAAGCUGACUGGACAGAGAAAAGUUCUUCCAAAAUAAAACCUGUUUGUCUGAAAGAUCUAAAUGUAUGGAAGAAGAUUAGUACCACUACAAAAAAUCUGAUUUUUUUUCCACUUACAGUUCUGAUCUUAAUCUCAGAAAUUUUGAUUUUUCUCAGACUUUUAAAGUUUUUUUUCUCAAAUUUGUGACUUUUGUUCUCAGAAUUCUGACUUUAAUCUCAGAAAAUUAUUAUUUUGUCUCCGAAUUCUUUUUUUAACCUGAGAAUUUUAACUUUAAUAUCAGAAAUUUGACUUUACUUUCAGAAAUGUGGCUUUUUUUUACUCAAAAUAUUUUGUUUUUUCUCUGAAUUGUGCUUUUUCCCCCUCAGAAUUUUGAUGUUGAUUUCUGGCUUUUUUUCUUCAUGUUCAUCUGACAUUAAAGUCUAAACUCUGAAAACAGAUAAAUGUUUUGUCCAGUGGGCCUAAUAUUCUUCCAUAUAAAUGAAAUGAAGGAAGCUGUAUAUAAGAUUUUUAUGGAAAAUGUUUUGAAGUCAUUUGUCGUUUUAUUUUUUCUUUGUGAAAGAAAAAACUUCCUGUGAUUUUUGCUUCAAACGAUCCGAUGUGACGUUUUGUCUUUAAAUCUAACCUGGUUUGUUUAAUUAAACUUUAUUUAUGCUGGUUUGGUUUUAACUGGUUUCCAGUUUCCAGCCUUCCUGUUAUCUGCAGGUAUUUCCAGAGGGAGCCGUUUUUUCCUGCCUCUUAUCUCCACUUUAUUGAUGAGGUUGGAUUUGAUUAUCUGCUGCUUUCUUAUCUAAAACAAACAGGAGCUGCUGCUCUGCAGUCCGUCGCCUGGUUUUCUGAAGAUCCCAACUGUAAAUAAAUUAAAAAAUAAAGACCCCUUGCAGGUUUAUUUCAAUUAUUCAACCAUAACAUUCAAUGGGAUAAAGUAAGAAGGUUUUAAAUUGGAGUGAAAAUGGUGGAAAAUAAUAAAAUGUGUUUUUAAUCUCUGUAAAUAAAAUCCAGUUGUUAGCAGUCGGUGCAGGUCUGGGUUACAGCAGCUGCCAUCUGUUGGUCAAAAUGUAUUUUAGUUUUACCUUCAUCUGCAGCUUUAUUUCACUUUAUGUUUUAGGGCGUCUGUUUACUUUAAAUAGAUUAUUUCUUGUGAAAACCUAAAUGAUCCCAUCAGCUCUUUUGUUCCUUUUCAUGUAUCAAUAUUUUGGUAUUCAAGACAUAAAGCUGCAGAAUUUGGCUAACAGCUACGCUAAUUUUUUUGUUUAGCCUUCUUGCUAACUUUGAAAAUGUUUAGUGAACUAUUCUACAGCACUAAAAUACUUUCCUGUUUUGUAAACUUUCAGCUGAAUAAAGUUCAACAUCUGUGUUAAA